AUGCUUGUUGACGUUCCUUAUUUCAACAUCCUUGUCGAGGGAGACCAAAACAAAUAUCUUGAACUUAGGAAAUCCCUUACAUCCGAGAAUAUGCGUUAUCAGAGAAAUCGUAGAGUGGAUACUUUUGAUACAAUUUUAGAAAAGAUUCACGAAUUUUGCAUUCGUGGUGAUGAAGACGACUGGAAGCGCUGCAUGGUCUGUGGCGUCUGCUGGCUUAACGGCUUGCUUGCUAUUAACGUCAAGCAGUUGGAAAUUCUUACAGAUAAAUCAAAGUCCAACAUUAACGGUGUCCUCGCCAAACUGGGAUAUUCUCAAGCUCAGAAUGGUGUCCAUAAGAAGCAGCUUAUUGAUGCUUUACCUUUCCUCAAAGGUAAUUAUCUUGAACAGCGCUUUUGGACCAUCAGAGUUCGACCAAGCUACUGCCACAGUCCAGAAUCAUCAUCAGGAUCCGAGAUGGCAUCAAGCCCUGAGAUUCAGUACAGUAAAACACCUCAGCCUACUUAUCAUUUCGAUCUUAUUGAGCCUCCAUGCUCACGAGACCUUAAGAAUCUUUUCAAUGUCAUUGACAUGAAGAUCUUCGACGGAAUGGUUUGCGGCGAAUCCCCUAAUGAAAUAGACUUUUUCGCGGAUCCAACAUGCUGCUGCCCAGCCGAGUGGAUUAACCCAAUGACACCAGCACAGACAUUACUUAGCUUUGCUUAA